AUGGAUUUAAUUUGUAAUACUCAUGAGCAUAACAAAUAAAUUGAGUUUAUUUGUAUGAGGGAUUAAUGCUAAGAAGACCGUUUAGGUUGUUUUGAAUGUUUUUAAAAUGGAAAUCAUAAGAAUCAUAUGGAAGAAGUUCAAAAAAUGUCAAUAUAUAUAAACUAAGUUUAGUAAUAAGCAAAAGAGUAUGAUGAUUUAAUCUAAAAGCUUUAGGAAUGGAUUAAUUAAUUAAAUAUUGGAUAUGGAGUAUUAAAAAAAGAAUUGGAAUAGAGAUGUAACUAAAUAAGAGAAUUAUCAAAGAGUUUUGAUUAGAGUUUAUAUAAUGAAUUAUCACCAUUUCUAUUUUCAUUUGAAAAGAAUAAAUUGCAACUACAUUAAAUGAUUUCUGAGAGUGUAAAAAACUUAACUUAAGCAAUAAAUAACAGUAAAAAUGUAUUGAAAUUGGAAGGAAAAAUUCACUAAUCAUUACGUAAUAAUAAAUUGAAACUAUUAAAAUAUGAAUUAACAAAUUAAAUAAAAGAAGAUUAUAUUUUUGCUUUUGCAUUUAAUAAAGAGGCUUCAUUAGUUGUAGCUGGAUAUGAAUCAAGCAAAAUAAAAGUAUUUGACUUUUAGUAAGGAUAAUUGAUAUAAAGAUAGGAAUUAUCUAAUCAUAGUAAAAGAGUUAGAUGUAUAUAAUUUUUAUAAAAAUGCGUUUAAUUUAUUUCUGGUAGCUAUGAUCGCUCAAUAAUUUUAUGGGAGGCUUAAGACAAUAAAUAGUUUUAUUGUAAAUAAAUUCUUGAAGGACACACAGAUGAUAUUAAUUGUUUGAUUAUAAAUAAUGAUGAAGACUUAAUAAUAUCUGGUAGUGAUGAUAAAACUAUCAGAUUAUGGAUAAAAAAAUCUUAAUGGUAAAGUUCAUAAAUAUUAACUUAUCAUAAUGGUAGUGUAUUUUGUAUAAGUAUCAAUGAAAGUUAAAACUAAUUUAUUUCUUGUGCAGCUGAUAAUUUAAUUAUUGUUUGUUAAAAAGAAGUUGAUAGUUCUUUAUGGAAUAUUUUUUAAACUAUUAAAGUUGAAUGGGGUGUAAGAUUAUGUUUUAUUAACAAUAAUUUAUUUACAUUUUAACCUUAUAAUAAAAAAUAGAUGAUCAUUUAUGAAUAAAAUAAACAAACCAAAAUGUUUGUUAAACAAAAAGAAAUUGCUGUAAAGGCUGGUAAUGAUUGUUUUUGGUAUUUUCCUUAAAAAUAUAUAAAAUCAAAGUCAUUGCUUCUUAACAAAAAUGGUAGUAGUUUAAAUUUAAUUAAAAUAAAAGAGAAUGGAGAGUUUUUCUAAGAAUAAAUUAUUGAUUUUGAUGAUAAUUAUAUUCAUGGUACAAUCUCUGAGGAUGGAGAAUAUAUUAUUACUUGGGAUUGUAACAAUGAAUAAAUUUAAGUUAGAUAAUUUAGUGAAUGA